UUUCAGGUGAAAAUGGCAAGUUUUUUGAAAAAAUUGGUCAAAGAUCGCUCAAAAUCGCCGCAAAAACGUCGAAAUCAUCAUGUACCACCGGAAAAUGGUCACAUAUCCCGUCAAAACUACGUUCCCCCAUACGCCCCGUAUGCUCCAGUGUGCUACCUUCCUCUACCUCCAUCUCCAGUCCCACCACACCAAAAACGGAGCAGUAGCCGGUCGAAUGAAUCCUUUGGAAUCCACAGUUGGAACACCGAGCCCAGAGAAAUCGACGAUACUCCGCCAUUUUUCACUCAAAAAUCCACAGAUUUUCAAGCUCCGCCCACCUCACCGGGGCCCCUAAUGCGUACCCGGUCACAUUCCCCGCGGAAAUUAAAACGGGAAUCCAAUGAGGAAAGAAAGCUAAAAAGUAAAUCGAAAAGCCCGCAAAAGAGGGCGACGUCGGGUACUGUAAUUAGUCAGCUGGACUAUUUAAACUCCCAGUGUCAUUUGGAAGGCUGUCGGGCGGAUAUUGUGGUGAAUUCAACCCGCUUUAUGUUGUGCCGGCACCAGCUCUGCCACGCUUCAGUAUUUUUCAAGGACCUGCUCGCCGGAAAAGAGACCAAUAAGGAUUAUAAUAUCACAGUUUCCAGUAUGUCGGAGCCCACCCCCUCCACACAGUUCCGGUGGUUUGUUGAGUCUUGCAUACCAUGCCCGGCGCUUAAAGACAUAUCGGACGAAACCCUCGAGACAUGUAUGAGGCUAUCACAGAGAUUUCAGGCCAAGGGGCUUGAACUUAGAUGUAUGAAAUUUUUAAUCGAAAAUGCUCAUCUCCGGCAGCCGAUCGUAGUGCUCUGCUGGCUCAACUGGGCCCUGAAGCAUAACUUCGAUACUCAAACCCAUGCAGCUCUGCUUCCAUCGGUUUCUAGGCUAUCUUUGAAUGCUCUACAACGACAUAGACAUAUGAUAACAGAGCAUAUUUAUUCAGAUAUUAUUACGGCAAAAUUGAGGUCCACUUAUGAUAAGACUGUUCAAGUAUUUCUAGCAAUUCAUAAAAUCGAUCACUUUUCCGCUGACGUGGAUGUUUGCCCAAGGUGUAAAAGAUCCAAGGAUGGCAUGAAAAUUAAGAUACACUGUGACCCCUGCCGAAAGCAAGUUGGCUGUGAUAGGUGCUACCACGACGGCUGUGAGAUCAGCUCUCGGGCCGUAGAGGACCUCCAGGCCUUCUUCAAGUGCCCCCAUGGAAUGACACCGAUUAAUGAUGCGACAGAUGAUUGUCAGUGUCAGAUUCCACAAAUGGCUCAAUAUUUGGGAAACCAGCCACCUGUAAGGUACCAGGAGAACAACGAUGAGUAUAUGGUGCCUACUGAUCGAUUAGUGGAAAAUGGACAAAAAAGUCGGAAACAUAAAUAACAAAAUGAUAUGAUAUUGAUUUUGAAAGAAAAAAAUUAAAAAAAAAAAAAUUUUCGAAAUUUUUUUUUUCAAAUUUAAUUUUUUUUGUUUCCCUUCCUGGUUUAAUAAAUUGUUCAUAAACCAAAA